AUGCCUCUUAACCUUUUUUCUAAUUUUAAGGGACAACUUUUGCAGGAGUUACCAUCCUACAAGAAAUAUGCACAAUUAAAUGAGAGCGAAAAUAUUGAUAAUUACUGUGAUGACUGCAAUGACAUACUCCCUUUAGAAAAGGAUAACCCUGGGAUUUAUGAGCUUUGUAAAAAGGCCGUAAAAAACUUACAUGAGGUAAUAAAAAAAGGAAAGUGCAACGAAUGGGGGGAAUAUUUCGCUUACUGGAUAAAUGAUGAAAAAAGAAAAAUAAUAAAUGAACAACAGAAAAACAUUUUUGAAAAUCCUAUAGUAAAAUUGGACGAUGUGGCUUAUAGAGUCAUGAACAGAUUAGAUCAUAACGAUUGUAGAUAUUUUUCUAGUUAUGCAGUUAGCUUGGAUAAUUGGAAAGAAAUGAAAGAUUUGCAUGGCUAUUUUAAAAAUCACAGCACUAUUUCUGGUUGUGCCAGUGAUUUAACAAAGAGUAAUUGCCAUCUGUAUUGUAACUACGUUAAAUAUAUAAGUGAGUUAUAUAAAAAGUAUCUAAAGGAUUGUUGUGUUUAUUAUUACAGCGCGAAUAACGUUGUUGAAAGGGACUGUCCUAGUUAUUUUUUAUGUGAUAAGACGUAUAACCCGUAUGCUCUACUGUCUAAACUAAAAUGUGAUGAUCGGCCAACUAGAGAAGAAAUAGAAACAGUAUACGACGAAGCAAUUAUUGAUCGUAAAGUCAAAUUAAUAACGGAAAAAUAUAAUAGAUCGUACGAACCGCACACAACGCAAAUGCAGCAGAUAUGGCAAAAUCUUUUUCAAGCUUAUGGAGCCUUGAAGACUGAACCAGAGUAUGAUUCGUUCCGCUUUAACAUGUCAAUUGCUUUCGGAAUUCUGGGAGCAUUUUUCACCUUUUUUGUUUUCUACAAAUUUACCCCAUUUGGAGCAUGGAUUAACAGGAAGGUAACAAACGAAAGGCGAAUUACGAAUUAUUAUGAAAACAAUGUGCAAGAUAUGCUGAGGAAUCAAUCAGAACACACCGGCAUAAAUCCGCAGAGCAGGAGAGUGCGUAUAGCUUACCACUCAGCGUGA